AUGCACGGAAAGAUCAUCUUCUACGAGGACAAGAACUUCCAGGGUCGCUCCUAUGAGACCAGCAGCGACUGUUCUGACAUGUCCUCCCACCUCAGCCGCUGUCAAUCCUGCAGGGUGGAGAGCGGCUGCUUCAUGGUCUACGACCGUCCCAACUUCAUGGGCAACCAGUACUUCAUGAAGAGGGGCGAGUAUUCCGACUACAUGCGCAUGAUGAACAUGAGCGACUGCAUCAGAUCCUGCCGCAACAUCCCCAUGCACAGAGGACAGUACAGAAUGAAGAUCUACGAGAAGGAGAACUUCGAUGGUCAGAGCAUGGAGCUGAUGGACGACUGUGACUCCAUCAUGGACCGUUACCGUAUGUCUGACUGCCAGUCCUGCAACGUUAUGGAUGGCCACUGGCUCAUGUACGAGCAGCCCAACUACAGAGGCAAAAUGAUGUACAUGAGGCCUGGAGAGUACAGAAGCUUCAGGGACAUGGGAUCCAGCAACAACAGAUUCAUGAGCAUGAGGCGUAUCAUGGACUCCUGUUAA